AUGUAUAAUUGUUUGGUUUUAUAUGGAACUCUAGGUAACGGUAACGCCUGGGAAUAUUGUCAAGCUGAUAUUGAAAAUAAAUUAUGUGGAACCGGCAAGACACACUUAAUUUGUGAUGCAAAAAACUCCAUAGACAAUCCCUCCUAUAUAUCUAAGGAAUUUCUAGCUCAUGUACCUUUAACGAGAAAAGUUAAGAGUGCUUUUAUAAAUUGGCAUAAUUAUUAUCGUAAUCGUACAGCUGGUGGUUGGGCAAAAAAUAGUUUAAAUAAAAUAUUUUUUCCUAUGGCUGUUAGAAUGCGUGAAUUGAUAUGGGAUAGUGAAUUGAGUUAUUUGUCACAUUUUCGCUCAAAGCUGGUAAAUGCGGGAGAGACUACAUGUAGCAGCACUUUACGUUUUCCAAAAGUUGCACAAAAUUUGGAGGUAACAGUCUUAAAUGAACCCAAACCGGUAUUAGAAAUUAUUUUUUUGGCAUUGCGUAAAAUGUUCGAUGAAAAGAAUAAUAUAGAAAAUCCUACCGAAAUGCCCAAGGAAUUUGUAGAGGAUCAUGAAGUUGCCAAGCAAUUUACAACUAUUAUAAAUGAUCAGGUUUCACGUGUAGGUUGUGCCGUAGCUCUAGGAGCCGACUGUUUAGACAGCAAUGAAAUGUCCUUUAAAUACUGUUAUUACACAGUUUGUACUUAUGAUUUCGACAUGGGAGGCAUUAUUUAUAAAGUAGGAAAACCUACUGGACGCUGUUCCCGUUGGGGUGUUGGCCGCAGUAAAACUUAUAUAAAUUUAUGUGCAAAUUCAGGUGAAAUAUUUGCAGAGGAAAACUGAAAAUACUCUUGGAAUAAAAAGCCGUUUGUUCAAUUUCUUAUAAACAUAAACAUUUUAUUAAAUAUAACAUUUAUUAAUUUAUCUUUUUAAUAAUCUUUUUGAGAACCACAACAAAAUAAUUUACGCUUACGUUUUACGGGCCAAGCAUUAUGAAUAUCGACAUUGGAAUUAAAUUCUAGAAUAUUAAAUAAAAUAUUUCAAAAAGCA